AUGGGGAACUCGUCGCAUCCAGUUCGGUUCCGGACGAAUAACAACAAAACGAUUGUCAUUCCGCUAACGCCCGACGGGCCUGCUAUAAAUUUGGACGAGUAUCAAAUCAUUGACAAACCAGCUGGGCUCCCCUAUUCGACUGAACAGUUGUUAUGGGUUGACCCAAAAGCAAGACCCCAAAGAUUAUACGCCUGGGGCGGGACUGAAGAUUAUGGGGGACCAAUUUCACCCACCGUGCAUGAACUCCGCACGUUCACGCGGGGCGACAAGGAAGGCGAGAACUUCACAGGCACCUGGACCGUGGAAAGCCGGCCGCCGAGGGAUGACUCCACGUCCGAUGCAAUUCUCUUCAAGCAUUACUCCACUUGGACCACCUGCAACGAUGUCGGCAUCAUGCUCGGUGGCGUAGUCGUCACACCCGACUUUCGCUACUUCUCGGCCGGGCUGGUUACUUACAAUAUGACGACGGGGAAAUGGUCGAAUGACACCAGGCAAGCUUUCCCAGAAGUCAUCAAAGAUGAAAACAACAAAAACAUGACACUCUCGAAUAGUUACGCUGGGGGUGCCGCAGUAUGUCUCCCGACUAUGGGGACUGGCAAAGGCGGCCUGGUUUUCUUCCUUGCAGGAACCCAGACAAGCGCGGAUCCGAGGAGCAGAAGCUUGGUAUACAUGCCCAUGAUGACGGUGCAUUUCUACGACACUCUCACUCGGACCUUCCACAAGCAGAGCACAACCGGACCCGAGCUUCCCAGCCUGCGACAAGAUGCCUGCGUUGUGGCCACGCAGGCCAGUAGCGACGGCAUGCAGUCCUCGUACGAGAUAUUCAUGUUCGGGGGUGAGGCUAGCGGGUAUCCUGUGUCCUCCGACGUUUGGAUUCUCACCGUUCCGGGGUUUCGAUGGUUCAAAGCAACAGAGGCCGACAUUUACGGUAACGUUAGGACUGAACACGCUUGCGCCGUCAUCGGACAAGGCCGGCGACAUAUGAUCAGUGUUGGGGGGCGAAACUGGGAUGAGAAUGUAGAGGCGCUCGGAUGGUCGGACGGUAUCGGGGUAUAUGACAUGACCAAUCUUAGUUGGAUUUCCCCAUACAAGCCGAAUGGUACAGCCUACGAAAAGCCCCAGGUCGUCAAGGAAUGGUACGCUGAAGGGAAUCUCGAUAGGGUUGUUUUUGACACCCUUGAAACGGCCAAGAUCUUUGGCCUAGAAUCACAAUUCAGGGGCGAGCAGACGCAGUUGCCAAUCGCUGCCAUUGUCGGCGGUGUCCUAGCAGUGGUGCUGCUGUCGGUGAUUUGUGCAGCCUUGUUUGUCCGGCGUCGACAGCGGAGCACUCAAGGCAAGCAGAACCACUCUGAGUUGGAUAAAGCCCCUCUAGAGGCUAGCGACAAGCUGUUAGACUCAACACCUAUCCACGAGCUGCCUCCGGGAAUCAAGGCGCACGAGUUGCUCGUUGCAAAUCGAGGUGCUGGCGAAUUGCAGGACAGAGAGAUUGCAAUCGAAAUGCAUCAUGAUUCUAGGCCACAAGAGUUGCCUGGAAAUGAUGUCAUUAGACAUCAGCCUAGUUUCGGUUGUACUUUGCCGCCAUGAUGUUACAUAGGAAGGAUACUGUAAUAGGUCGCGUGCAUUUUUAUCGAGGUCAAAAUAAAAGCGUCUGCC